GCUCGGCGCUCUUCCGGGCGGCCUGGCAUCGAGGCGGCGGCGCUCGCGCGGCGGCCUGACGGCGGCCCGGCGGGUCCGGCCGCCAUGGCGGGGCUGGUGAACUUCGAGGAUGAGGAGGAGGUGCGCGGCUACCUGGAGAACCUGCACGUCGAGUACAGCUACCAGUGCUACCGCGAGAGCGACCCCGACGGCUGCCAGCGCCUCGCCGACUACCUGGAGGCCGUGAAGAAGGACUUCGCGGCGGCGGCGCGGGUGCUGCGCCGCAACUGCGAGGCGAACGGGCACAGCGAGAGCUGCUACAAGCUGGGGGCCUACCAGGCCAUCGGGAAAGGUGGACUCGCCCCAGAUCUGAAAGCUGCCUACAACUCCUUUGUGAGGUCCUGUGAGAAAGGUGGGAAGCGGUCAAUAAAUGCCUGUCAUAACGUCGGGCUGUUGGCCCAUGAUGGGCGAGUAAAUGAUGAUAAACCUGACCCAGUUGUUGCUAGAGACUAUUACACAAAAGCCUGCGAUGGCAAUUUUGCUCCUAGCUGCUUCAACCUCAGUGUGAUAUACCUCCAGGGAGCGCCUGGGGUCCCCAAGGACAUGAACCAUGCUUUGCAGUAUUCUCUGAAAGCAUGUGAGCUGGGUCAUGUAUGGGCUUGUGCCAAUGCCAGUCGAAUGUACAAAAUCGGAGAUGGCAUUGAGAAGAAUGAUGCCAAGGCAGAAGAUUUGAAAAACAGGGCAAAGCAGCUGCAUAAAGAACAGAAAGAAGCAUCGAGUUCUUUAACCUUUGGGGAGUAAAACUGUCAGUUUCUGCAUUUCUUAAAACUGCAAUUUUAUGUGUCAAGUGAACUUGUUAUUUAAAUCACAUGGGUAUACAGUUUUUACUCAUAGUAAAUAAAUAUUCUGUAAGUUUUUGUGUAUACAAAUAAACCUAUAUUUUGCAGACACAACAAACGUGGUCAACUCUGCUGUCCCUUUAUUCAGUUUUAAAUAUGUAUGGUUUUAGAUGUAAUGCUUAGAUUCCUUUUCUACUUUAAGGAGGGCAAAGACUUCUGCUCUUUUUGAAUUUUGUCCCUGUGGUUUCAAGCAUGGAGAACUCUCACUUGUGCGUGAUGUUUCAAUGUCAAGGCUUGUGCUAGGACAAGUUCUAAUACAGAAAAAUAUAGCUGCAAGAUCAUGCAGACUUCAGCAUUCAAAACUGUACCCACAGUCUUACAAGCACCUGUGGAGCUUUGAUAAUGUGCACACUUGGAUGGUCUGCUCUAAGGCUGCUCGGUACCAGAAUGGUUUGAAAAACUUGAGUCAGUUCAUUUGCUGAAAGUCACGUUUGUUGCCCUAAAAUUAUAUUAAGACUUUCUGAUUUAUUUGCUCUGUCAUCAAACUGUCAAAACAACACAUAUAACCGGAGAACCUUGUUCUAUGGAGAAAUACUUAUUUGAUACCCAACUAAGGUUUUAAACCAUAUCUUUAAUGUUGUAACUUCAUCUGAGAAGCUUUGAUUUCUUGGAUCAGUCUCUAAGUUUUACAGGUUGUUAUUGAGUGUAAUUAUUUUAAUUUUACAAAUUGUCAUUAUUUGAUUGUAAAUUAAAAUUGUGGAAUUGAA